GGUGUCAAAGGCCUGUUUUUUUCUGCUGAUGUAGUUAAAUGGGGAUUAUGUGUGGACCACAUGUCCAGUCUUUUGUUUUUCCCUUUUUGUUGUCUUUUUGUACCUCAUGGGUAAAUGGAUGAAGGUAGAGCAGAUGAAAGGGAAAUAUGCAGCAGCUGGAGCUCAGCAGAAGGCAACAGGUCUGAAAUGAGGGCCAAGCAUUACAGAGUAAUUCAACUUAAAGAAAAAAGACAUUAUCAUGUCCUUAAACUACAUCAAGAACUUCUAUGAGGGAUGUCUCCGGCCUCCGACUGUGAUUGGUCAGUUCCACACUCUGUUUUUCGGCUCUGUGCGCAUGUUUUUCCUGGGUGUUCUGGGAUUUGCUGUUUACGGGAAUGAGGCCCUUCAUUUCAGCUGCGACCCUGACAGGAGGGAGCUUAACCUCUUCUGUUACAAUCAGUUCAGACCUGUGACGCCGCAGGUGUUUUGGGCCCUGCAGCUAGUGACGGUCCUUGUUCCAGGGGCCGUAUUCCAUCUGUAUGCGGCAUAUAAAAACAUAGACCAGGAGGAUAUUCUGGAACAACCAACAUACACAGUGUUCUACAUCAUUUCUGUACUGUUACGGAUCGUCCUGGAGGUGGCAGCAUUCUGGCUCCAGAGUCGUCUCUUUGGAUUCCUGGUUCAUUCACUGUACUUCUGCGAUGCCAGUGCACUGGAGAAGACGUUUAACUACACCAAGUGUAUGGUACCUGAGCACUUUGAAAAGACCAUCUUCCUCAGUGCAAUGUACAUUUUCACCAUUAUCACUAUGAUUUUGUGUAUGGCGGAGAUUUUUGAAAUCCUGUGCAGAAGGCUGGGCUAUUUAACACAUCAGUGACAAUCGCCAACUUGAAAAUAACACACAAAAGAAUCAAACUGCAUGACUGCAUGCCUUCCAUCCAGGUGUUUUGACAUUAUUUUCUACCUUACUGUGAAUGAAACACUGUGAGAGGCAGAAAUAAGUGUUUGUAAAUAUUUUGCACAAUAAUAAUCUAUUGUUCAUUUUACUUAUUCUCUAAAAUAAUCACUGACUUGUCUUGUAAUGCUUUUGUCAUGGAACCUUACCGUCUUGUGUACUAUUGUAGAUGUAUGUUUCAUUA